AUGGAUCUACAGGGUCGUAUACCUUGGAAAUCCCGCCCGAAACCACUUUCCAACUCACAAGUUGGACUGUUUAAAUGGCCAGACACCGAAGCCUUCCAAAUUCAAACCGACGUCGGUACCCUCGGCGUCCUGCCCCUCGAAAUUCUCCAGCACAUCCUUCAGCAACUGGACAUUGCCAGUCUUACGUACCUCGAUUGCGUUAGCAAAGGCAUGAAACGGGCCGUCGGAAGUCUUCCAAAGCUCCGUGCCCUAUUCGGCAAACGGAAUUUGGUCAUCCAAGCCAUAUGGCCCGCAAGGGCUGGCCAAUUCAUCACAUGCUCGGAGCUUUACGAGGGCGUGUACCAGGUAGAAGACGAUGGCGCUUGA